AUGUCUUCCCAGGCAUGCUGGCAACCUGUGGAGAUUGUUGGUGACACCUCGGAGGUCGGAUCUGAUGGCGUCAAAUGGACGCCACCGACAUGGUAUGCCUUGACCACAAUCUUCGCAUCGCUCUCCAGCCACGCAGCUGGCAUCCUCGGCUUCGUGGGCUUCCAGAAGAUCGUGAUGGCCAGGAUCGUGUCCACAAGCCAGCCGAGGGCCAACUGGUCGGCGCCCAAUUUCCUCCUUCUCACCAGCAUCGCCAUUUCCAUCACGGCGAUCUUUUCUAGCCUCAUGUUUAUGGGCGUGGACUACUUGCGCCGCCUUGCCAUCGACAGUGCGUGGAGCCGAGGGUACCGGCUGGUUGUUAUGCGUGGCCGGCUGGAGCGAACAGGCCGGGGAGGUUUUGGGGCAGUAUAUCUGCACAAGGUUAGACAGGUGUCGCCUGACUGCGAAGAGACUAGUUCAGUAGCUCCAAGAAGUUCGGGCAAAUUGCUGGUGCGUUAUGCGUUUGGAUUGAAUCCUCGGGUCAUAAGGGUCUGUUCGAUACUGCUUGAGCUUAUCACGAGCUUUUCGUAUUAG